UUGUAAAUUAAAUGGUCCUUCGAAUCGUCGCAAGCGAGCCGACGACAAAUAAGCGGGGGCACAAUAAUUUGUUGAUUUUUUUUAAAUCAACACAAAGUAAUGUUUGAGCGAAAAAGAAUCAAUCAAACAAAAUGAUUUUAUUUAUGUGCGGAUGUGCGAUUUAAAAAAAAUGAGUACGACAAAUACUGCAGUGUGACAAAAAGAAACGCACCACAGACUAACGUUGUAGAGCAGAAAAAGGAGGUAAUCGAAAACAAAACCGAUGAAAACUCCACCGAAAGCGAUGGGGCCUUAUCACUGAAUGCCAGUUGCAUGGAAAUUUCAGAGGAUUAACAUCCACCGAGCAGUGAACAAGGAAAACAACCGAAAAAGAUAAAAUCGGCAGUCGUAGCAGUGGUUAAUAAAACAAAAGGAAAGUUUCAAUCGAACAUCGAACAGUUCGUACUUGCGUAUAUCAGUAUAUUAAGCAGUAAAGAAAGCGUAUACUUAUUUUGAUAAAAGAAAAAUGGACUGUUUAAAAUUAGAAGGUUUUGAUGUAAUAAAUUUUUUAGCUCAAGGUACAUAUGGAGUCUAUUUGGUGCGUAGUAAAGAAACGAAUUCAACCAAUCAAACCAAUGAAUGUGCAUUAAAAGUAAUGAACAAAAAUCGCAUGCUCAGCGAAGGAUUGGAAGUAUGUGCUCGCCGUGAAAGUGAAAUUCAAUCAGAUCUGGAUCAUCCAAACAUUGUACGGUGCUUCAAUUUCUUUGAAGAUAUUCUCCAUUUCUACUUGGUUUUGGAAUACAUGAAAACAACGAUUCGUGAUAAAUUUACACGACUACCGUAUCGUCGAUUCCCUGAAAAAAGAGCAGCAUCAAUAAUGUGGACAUGCACGGGCGGGGUGUAAUUCAUUGCGACAUUAAACCGGAGAAUAUCUUGGUAAAUUCUGAUAAACGUGUAAAACUGGCGGAUUUCGGAAUGUAUAUUAUCCCGAGCAAUAACUAUGGAAUAAAUGUUGAUUUAUGGAACAUGGGCAUUCUUUGCUAUGAACUCAUCGAAUAUGGAUACAGUUCGAGUAUAAUAGAUUCAAUGAAAUUCCCCAGAUUGGGAAUCGACAAGGAUAUUGAGGGUCUCAACAAAUUGGAUAAACAUUUAAAUAUGGUUUGGAAAUUGGUCAAAACCGAUUAUCUUCCGCACCGAAAUACGUCUCUUAUGUUGAUAAACUUGAGUGAUGAUGUUCAUAUCGAUCCACUAAGCAAUGAUCAAGAAGAAGAAAUGCGCCAGAUUCGCCAGAAAUUGUUCUUCGCAAAAGCUGACUUUUCAACAAAACCAAAAACACCCGCAUGGCUGAUUUGAAUCGUAUGUCAUUUUUCAGCUUAGCGAAGUUGUAAAAAAUAGAAUAAAAUUUGUAUC